CAUGAUUUUGGUCUCCAGUGGAAUAAUGUGGCCAAACAAAUCCAUCAUCACUAGGAUUUCUGCAUUGUAAGAAGGAAAAAAGAAAACAACCAUCUAUCAUUAAGGACUCCAGGCAGAGAGAUUGAGAGGUAGAGAGAGGAACAAGAACUGUAUCUACAGACUGACGAGCAAGAUGGAGGUAAACGGUGUCCUCUUCUUCCUGGCCUGUCUGAUUGGUUCCACGGCAAGUAAUCCUAUACAGUUUUUCCCAGCUGACUGGAAUGACUUUGAAGUUUCUGAUGCGGAUGUCCCUUCUGAUGCGGAUGUCCCUUAUAUCUUCAGCAGCAUUCUUAUAGCCAACAAAGAUAUUAAGGAGCCAGUAGAGGGAGGUGACAUUCUGAUAAAUAUUGGACGCAGCGACAACACCUGUUUAAAAUGCCCGUGGCCCAAAUCUGCAGAUGGGACCGUCCCUGUGCCAUACACCUUAUCCUCUGUUUAUACUGCCAAUCAGGUCAGUCUGUUCCAAACUUCUAUGCAGGAGAUGGAAACAUUGACAUGUGUCAUCUUUAUACCUCGGACAACAGAGAAGAGUUUCCUCAACAUUGUCUCAUCAGAGGGCUGUGCAUCAUAUGUGGGACGAACAGGUGGAGGUCAGACGGUUGCAGUAGAUACUGCUGGUUGUAUGUCCAGAGGAAUUAUACAACAUGAGAUAGAUCAUGCCCUGGGAUUUUACCAUGAACAUACAAGGAUUGACCGUGAUGACUAUGUCACGAUCAUGCAACAGUAUAUAUCACCAGGAAAUAAGGUCAAUUUUGCCAUAAAAAACACUGAUGAUGGGGGUCUACCGUAUGAUUAUGGGUCAGUGAUGCAUUAUGACAAGUAUUCAUUCUCUAAUACUUCUAAGCAACCCACCAUUGUACCUCAUCCUGACCCAAAUGUGCCCAUUGGACAAAGGACUGGACUGAGUAUCUUGGAUGUUGCUAAAAUUAACCAUCUUUAUCAGUGUAACGUUUGUGCUAAUUUGCUAAAUGAUAACAGUGGUAUUGUGAGCUCGGCCAACUCUGUCCCAGCCAAUCCUAAUAAUGGAAGCUGUGUUUGGUUGAUCAGGACCCCAUCUGGGCAGGUUAGCCUGAAUGGCAUUAGCUUUAAGGUCCAGCUCUCACCAAAGUGCACAUCUCACUACAUGAAGAUUUAUGAUGGUCCCAGUAGGACGUCUCCUGUGUUGAAGGACAAAACCUGUGGGAUUGGUGUAAUCCCAGUAAUCAUUGCUUCCACUAACCAAAUGCUGAUAGAGAUUUUCAGUGGCCGCAGUGUUUCAGGGAACAGCUUCAGUGCUACAUAUACUGUAGCUCAGAGUGCGAACAGUAAGAAGAGCCAAUGAGAAAUUCCUGCAGUAAGAAAACCCUCUGCUUGUGGGAAGGAUCUGAUUUCAUUACUGAAGCAACACUCCCAUUAUAAUAUAUUUUCUAUAACAUAUUUUAUUCUAUCUAGAAAUGCUUAAAUUAGAAUCGUAAAGUAACACAAUGUACUGUCUGUAUAGUUUACACAAUCAAAAGUAUUUAUCAUAUAGAAUAUUGCAUUUUUCUUUGUAUAUGAAGUGUAAUAGAUUCUGUAGUUUAGUGAACAGUAAGUGCAAGUCCA